CACUGAGAUUCCCCUUGACAUACUGCUAAGAUCGACUGCUGAGGGAACGUUCUUCCCUUUUACUCGUUAUCCUUCUCUACGUUCAAUAUACGACUCGAGCAAUUUGGACUGUUUCUUUAAUUAUAAACAACUCGUCUACUUCGUAAUCGCGUGAUUUGUGGUUCCAAUUUUCGGACAUAGUAUAUCGAAUUUUUAUUGUAUCGAGAUCAGUGUUCACUAUCCAUACAAAAUCACUAUAAUUCCCCCAGAAAAUUACACAUACGUUUCAAUUUCGUGGAAUUUUAAUUAUUAAUGAAACCUUCAAAGUGAAUUAUUGAAGUCGUAGUAAAUUGAUAAGAAAAAACGAGUAAAUCGAGUUAUUUGUUUAAUUAAACAAUUAUUAUGAAUGGCAAUUGUUUGUUUUAUGGAGUAGAAGUCACGUUCUUUUGGAAAAUUAAUGGGAAAGUCAAACAGGUAAUUGCAUGAAUUGGAUUAGGUGUUUAUUUAAAAAAAACAAUCCUUUCCAUAAUAAUCAGAAUGGGAGCUGCUUAUUUUAUCAACUGGACGUCACGUGAUCUUGGAAAAUAAAUAAAAAUGUCUUUGGAUCAAACGGUUUGUGAAGAAUUAAUUUCAGAUUUGAAGGCUUUCGAAAGACGUCUUACAGAAGUUAUUAUUAGUUUACAACCGGCAACUUUAAGAUGGAGAAUGUUGCUAGGUUUCAUAUCAGUGUGCACAGCAGUGGGUGCGUGGCAUUGGCUAACAGAUCCCAACACAUCCGCUGUUUCCUUUACCCAAAGUCUCUACAACCACCCAUUCUUCGCCAUAGCUAGCAUCAUUCUAGUAAUAUUAUUCAUGCUGGGGGUCCACAGACGAGUGAUAGCACCAAGUAUCAUAACUCAGAGGGCUAGGAUCGUGCUUGGAGACUUUAACAUGAGCUGCGAUGACACUGGAAAGCUCAUUCUCAAACCUACUAGGCCCUUGCAUCUUCACGAUACCUAAAACCCAUCUCCUACAAUCUUCAAUGAUUGGGUUUUCAAUGUUUAUCGUCCGUUGAAGGUUUCGAUAUACAUUUUUUAUAAUUGAAAAUGAGUUGAAACUAUUAUUUAAUUUAGUAAUGAGGGCUCGGUGCCUAAAUUACAGUUGGUAGUGUCUGUCACGAUUAAUUAUGUACCUCAAACUAUUAGGGUUCAAAGUCCAAGUUCCAAUCAUUAUUAUCAGUUACAAUUAAUAUUGUACUAAUUAUAAUUAAGGAAAAUGUAAAAUAGACAGUAAAACACAUGCAAAGAUCAUGGAAAGCAAUAAUUAAUGUAUUUUCUAAGUUUCUUGUUAAUAGAAUCUAUUGUAAUUGAAUACUUUCGUAAAUACUCCUAUUUAUAUUGUGAUGCAACUCGC